AAAAGCCCCCUCCCCCGAGCAAGUCCCGGGUACUGGCAGUGGUACUGCAGCGCUCAUCCUCUGCAGGGGCGGAGGAGCGGGUCCCGCCGCGGGCUUGGCCGGAGACCGUCCAGCACUCGCCCCCAUCCGUCACUUUCCACGGCCAGCCCCAAUGCUCCUCCGCGCGCUGGUUCCCAGCCGGGCAGUCCCCCUUGGCUAGCUGCGCCACGAUCCGCCAUUGGCUCCCGCCGCCGUCUCAUUGGGGCGAGGCAGUCGAAUCCUAAUGAACAACCUGAAUCAUCUGAGGGUAUCAAAGAGCCUCUAUCAUUGAAGGUCUUCUCCAGAUUCAUUCAGGAACCAACUGUAGUGAGAGCGAACCUGAAUGUAAGGAGAGGCCACCCUGACUUGUCAAUCAGUGCUGCAGUCAGACAGACAAUGGCAUCUAAAAAUCCCACUGCCUCCACCACUGAUGAGAUGCUGUUGUCACCGAAACACCCAAGAGGUGCUGAGGGAGAAAACUCAUUUGAAACUCCUUGUAAGCGACAGAAAAAGAGUGACAAAUACAAGGCCUUUGAUCCAGAGGAAAAAGAGAAGCUGAAGAAAUAUGAAACUUGCGAAUCACAGACAAGGAAGGUUCUCAACAAAACGUAUGACAAAUUGUUUGACGAUUUAUCUCGAGAUGACGCGCAAAAAGAAAUUAUCUAUCUCAAGAGACGUUUGGCCACCUUGAAGAAAAAGACUUCCUUGGACCCCAUACGCAUUGGGUUUCUUGGACGAACAGGGGCAGGGAAGACCUCACUGCUCAAUGCCAUUCUAGGGAAGAACCUGUUCCUGCCAGUGUCUGGGAGCAGUGUUUGCACUUCAUGUGUGGUAAAAGUAAGCACAAACAGGACUGAUCAGUAUGAAGCCACGAUUCACCUUCUCACAGAUGAUGAAUGGAAAGAAGAGCUGAAGAAUCUUGUGGAGAUUUUGAGCAAGAAUGGGCAUGAUGACGAUGAUGACGAUGAUGACGAUGGAUGUGUGAAUGAUGCCAUUGAAAAGCUCCAUGCUCUUUAUGGGGAGGGAGCCAAAGACAACAAUUAUGAAGUCUUGUUGCAGACCAACCUGCAGGUGACUGUUCCUGCCAAACGGAUAAUUUCGCUCAAGGCACAGCAGGCAGAAGAGCUCUCCCGUAAAUUGGAUCCUUACAUUCGUGUUCGGGAUGAAGGCACUGAAGGGCUGUGGCCACUGAUCAAGUAUGUGGAAGUGACUAUUCCAGGGUCAGAAAUCCUUCCAGAAGGCGUCAUAUUUUUGGAUAUUCCUGGGACAGGAGACUUCAAUGUCAAAAGGGAUGAAAUGUGGAAACAGAGUAUUAACACAUGUUCAGUCAUCUGGAUCAUUAGUGACAUUGAGCGUACUCAAGGAGAGAAGAUCCAGGCCAAGUUACUGGAAGAAAGCAUCAAGGCCUUCCCAGGAGGGGUCUGUACUGACAUCGCCAUGGUGGUCACCAAAUCAGAUAAAAUGGAUCUUGACGAAUACAGAAGCGAAAGAAAAAAUAAAGAUUUUCCCUUGGAGAAUGAGCAUGAUGCCAUUUUAGAGAGGAACCAAGAUUUGAAGAACAAGAAGGAGAGAUUCAUUAAGGAGAAGCUGCAGAGAAAGCUGCCACUUGAUUCAGAAGUCCUUAAAAAGGACAAAUUGGUUUAUACAGUCAGUGCCCGAGAAUUCUGGAAUCCAAAGCACCUCAGUCCAGAAGAAACAGAGAUCCCAGAGCUGAGGGACUACCUCAGGAAGAUCUAUCUGAAGGAGAAACAGAAACUGGUGAAAGAUUAUGUGACUGAAGUAUGCGGCAUCCACAGGCUGGCUAAAAAUUUUUGUUCCACGCCACAGCUUGAGGACCAGAUAUUUCAGGAAAGUGGUGUGAAAGAAUUAAUGUUGAAGGAUAUCAACCCUUUGGAGAAGCACCUUGAAAAACGUUUUGAUGAGAUACAGCAGCCUCUCCGUGAAAGUGUGGAGCAUGCCAGAAAGAACUAUAAGAAUACUGUCAAUAAGUUGCUCACAAGAGAUGAAGGAUACCGAGGUUAUCACAGGACCCUGAAAGCGGUGUGCUUGAAGGAUGGUAUAUAUGCCUCUAGGAGAUUUGCUCGCAUUGAUUUCAAUGAAAGUCUCGCCAAGCCCAUCUAUCAUAAGGUUGAUACCAUUUUUGGAAGUCUCUUCAGGACCCAGAAUGCCACCAGAACCAGUUUGUGGUCUCACCUGGAAAUGUUUAAAAAUGAGGUGCAGAGCAAGAUACGCCAAACUGGAAAAAACAAACACUUGCCAAAUAACAGCAGAAAGAUUGAAAUUUUCAUUCAAGAAACAAACGUAAUUCUGAAAAAACUAGAAAAACAGAUUCUCUGGAGCAAGUCAAGUAUCUAUCAGAGUCUUUCUGUGUCCAUCCAAAGUGAUCUCAAGCCCUGCUAUAAAGCUGCCUCAAAAGCUAAGGGUCAAGGAUCCUAUGAGCAGAUGAAGAAAAUCCUCAUGGAAGGCAUUGAGAAUGAGGUAAAGAACCAGAUGUUUGAGAAGGCCCAAUCCAAGAUGGAGAAGCAGUUCCAUCAACUGAAGAGAGAGAUCUUGGAGAAGCUGAAGGAAAAAAUUUCCAUUGUGUUCAGUCUGGUCUUCUUGAAACAGGAGCGGGCUGCUGUACACUUGGCAGAUAUAGACCCUGAAUGCAAAGAAAUCCAUGAGAUCUACUUCAAGUUGCAGUAUGAUAAUUAACAAGAAAAGAUCCCCCCCCCCAAAAAAAAAAUUAAAGUUAAGUUUAAGUUUCACAGCUCUUGGGCACUGUAUGAAACAUGAUGCUGGACUAGUUGGACCACUGGUCUGAUUCAGCAGGGCUCUUCUUAUGUUCUUAUAACAUUAUAAAGCCCUUGUAGAUCAUGAACUUCAGGAGUAUUCCUGAAUUGUGAUAUUCAUUCCUUGUAUGGCAUAUAUUAACAUGAAAGGUUUUAAGGUUCAGUGCAAUACUACAUUUGAUAUUGACUGGUUAUGUUUUAAGUGAUGUUUUAUAUUUUAUUGUGAAUGUAUACUGCUUGUCAGUUCCUGGA